CAUUAUCUAGCAAUAUAUUGAAAGAGGAAAUGUUGACCCAUACGACUAAUAAAGAUACUCGAGCGAUCGAGGCUAUUUUAGAUUUUCAAAAUCGUCAGUAUUUAUACCCACUAGUAUAUGAGCCCGAAUUACCUCUCACGAAAAGGGGGGAAGGCGCACAAUUGAUUGAACGAUGCGACGAUAUAAUAAAAUCGACAAAUGACAAUAGAUUAUACAGAAUUCUAGAGCUUACCAAUAAGUUGAAAGUGCUUCUGAUAAGCGACCCGAUGACCGAUAAAAGCGCUGCUGCAAUGGAUGUUAAUAUCGGUUAUUUGGAUGAUCCGAAUGAAUUACCAGGAUUGGCGCAUCUUUGCCAGUGUAUGUUACCUAGGGAAUCAAAGAAAUACGCUUUAAAUGAUUAUAGUAUGUAUAUAUCGUUUAACAAAGGCAGAAGUGGUGGAUCGACUCAUAUGGAUCAUACGACCUAUUACUUUGAUAUACAUACGAAUAAGUUAUGGGGCGCUCUAGACCAUUUUGCCCAAUUCUUCAUAGAGCCCAUAUUGUCCGAAGAUAGAAUCGAGGAGGAAGUGAUGGCUAUAGAAUGGGAAUAUAUGAAUAAUUUGCAAAACAAUGUCUAUAUAUACGAUCAUUUAGAUAACUCCAAGGAUUUGGAAAGUGUCAAAUUCAAAUUCGGCCUAGGAAAUAAGCAUACAUUGGAUACAGUACCGAAGCAGAAAGGCAUUAAUGUCUGGGAAAGACUGCUUGAAUUUUAUGAAGUACAUUACUCCGCUGAUAUUAUGUCGCUGUGCGUCCUCAGCAAAGAGAACUUGAAUGAACUAGAGAAAAUGGUAGUGGAUAUCUUUUGUAAGAUACCUAACAAAAAUAUUCAACCUCAAAAAUGGAAUUAUAAUCUAUUUCAUCAAGACCACUGUGGCCAUACGUGGUACACUGUUCCGGCACAGAAUACGAGGGCUUUAUUGAUAACAUUUCCUAUAUCGUUAGCAAGAUUUUUCGAUACAUUUUCGGAGGAGUAUAAAUGCAGGCCUACAAAAUAUAUCUCCUAUUUCUUGGAACGAGAAGGAGAGAAUACGUUACUGACAUGUUUGAAGAAGUUGGACUUGUGUAAAUCCAUUGUAUGCGGAGAACGUGCCAAAGCACGAGGUUACAUGUUUUAUGAUAUUCGUCUCAAUCUGACCGAAAAUGGUCUUAAACAUACCGAGUCAAUCAUCUAUCAAGUGUUUCAUCAUAUUUGGCUAAUGCAGCAGGAAAAUUCAAUGGAAUGGAUCUUCGACGUACAUAUAAUUGAUGCAACAAAAAAUAUAAAUAUAUGUAGAGGGUGCUGAGUAAAUCGUCGUGAA